AUGGAUUCACCGAUUGAAUUUGGUGGUGCAACUCGUCGUGAUCAUUAUUCCUUUGAUGUCAAUGUCGCCUAUUUGAAUCAAGGCAGUUAUGGGCCUUGUCCCCGUUUUGUUCAAGAUGAUUUUUUGACAAUUCGAAAGAUUCAAGAAGGAAAUCCCGAUUUAUGGUUUCGCAAAACGAAAGCCGAUCUGUACUUGAAAGCUCUUCACAUGGUCGCUGAUCGGUUUGAUUGUCAAUUUGAACAGAUAGCUCUUGUCGAGAAUGUAACAUGUGGAAUCAAUGCUGUGUUGAAGACUUCCCUUCCGUCUUUUCAAAAGCCUGGUGGAACCAUUUUGUAUACAAAUCAAGGAUAUGGAUCAGUGAUCUACACUAUCAAAGAAGCUGCGAAACAACACCAAAUGAAGACUCACGAACUCGACAUCAAACUGCCCAUUCAAAGCAAAGACUCAUUGAUUAAACUUUUCGAGGAGGAAAUCGAAAAGAUUGAUGAUCUCCGACUUGCCGUCAUUGAUCAUAUCAGCAGCACUACUGCAAUCAUGUUCCCAAUUGAAGAGUUGACUGAAUUAUUUCAUCGUCGGGGUAUCCCAGUUCUCAUUGAUGGAGCCCAUGCACCAAAUCAAGUUCUUGACUUAUCAUUAUCAAAGUUAAAGUGCGAGUUCUACGUUGGGUCGCUUCACAAAUGGAUGUUUACAGCAAGAGGUACGGCUUUUAUCUUUGUUCGAGAUCCUAAUGUGGCCAAUCAAAUCCAACCGUCGAUCACCUCAUGGGGCUAUCAACCGAGCCUUGCGGAACCACAAUAUAUUCCAUUUCAUCUCCAGUUCUUUUAUCAAGGCACAAGAGAUGAAACAGCAAUGUUCACAAUUCCGAAAUCGAUCGAAUUCAUUGAUUCUAUUUGUGGCGGCUUUGAGAGAAUCUACGAAUACAACACGAAAUUGGCUCAAAAGACAAAAAAGACAUUGGAUGAACGAUGGCAAAAUGAUGGGAAGAAUCUUAUGCCUUUGGAAUUGGAGUCACCUUUCUUGAAAAUGGUCAAACUUCCCGAUUUGAUCGCUUAUGAGAAGAGUGAUGCAGAUGCGCUUCGUUUAUUGGAAGAUCUUCUUCUAAAACAUCAAAUUGUGACUGUCAUUGUACAUGUGAAUGGGGAAUUGUAUUUACGACUUUCUACCCAAAUUUAUAAUGAAUUUGAUGAUUAUACUCGUUUAGCCGAUUUGAUUGACACAUUUCGG